GGGAAUUUGAAUAGAAGCAAAAUUUGAGAAAUCUCAAUCUUUGUUGACUAAUGGAUAAAUUUGAUACGAUUGCAUUGUUGUUAUCUUUGAUAGUGAUAACGAUAUGGUUUUCGAUUGAUGUUGAAUGCGCAAAGAAAGCAGGAGGAGUGGCAAGAAAAGAAGACAUUCCAUAUAUAAGAUGUCAGGUGUGUGAAAAGCUGGCGUAUCAGCUAUACCAUCAUGUUCACAACAAACAAGCUGAGAUCUCUCCAAACAAGAUCUCAGAGUAUCAGAUAAUAGAGAUUUCAGAGAAUGUAUGCAAUUUAAAGAAGCAGGAAGCUGAUUGGAUUCUUAAAAUUGACAUAGUUGAACAAGGUGAUAGGUUGGGGCUGGUUGAACAAGACUCUGAAGGACAAUGUAAUUCAGAAUGCAAAACAAUAGAGCGUGCUUGUCAAGAUGUGAUGGACUAUUCUGAUACAGAUGUGGCAGAAUAUUUAUAUAAAAGCAAAUCAGAUCUUGAUUCCUUAAAAAGUUUCCUUUGCAAGGAUUUGACCAAAGUUUGUAGCAAGGCACCACCUCCAGUUCCUAAGAAUAGAGUCCCAGGAGAACCUUUUGUUGCUAAGUCCUCAAAAGAGGCUGAAAUGGAAAAGCUAAUGCGAUCCAUGCAGGGUAUGCCUGGAGCCCCAGGUAUGCAAAUGUAUUCUAGGGAAGAUUUAAUGAAAAAGUUUGGUGAUGAAGAUGCUGAUGAUGACGAUGAUGAUGACGAAGGAAGCUUCCCAUCAAAGCUGGGAAAGGUUAUUAAAGAAAAAGAAAGUAAGAAGAAUGAUUGGAAGCAACGAAUCACCAAAGGAAUUCAAGAUAGAAGUGAGACUCUGAAGAAUCACGCUAACAGAAUAUCCCACAGGAUGAGAAAGUGGUGGGGAACGAAGAAAGCACAAUGGAAGAAGAGUUCCAAAACCGGUAAGGGAGAGUUAUAAUGACGUGCGUUUUCCUUCUUUUCUUUUCCUCCCAUUAAAAUGUAGUCUAUGGAGAGACUGGAAACAUGUAUUCUCAUCUUAUGGCUCUCUCUACCCACGAGAUUUUUGUUUCUCUAAUACCAUCUUCGGGUCUUGAUACUUUCGAUGAGUCUUCUGAUCUUGUUAGAGAUUUAUAUACUAGUAAAAAAUGUAGACAACUUCUACUACGUUGUUUUUAUGAUAAAAUCUACAUUAUAUAA